AUGGCCAGCCAUCUUUACGGUAACUACUUUUCUACCCGCUCACAAAGGGUUCUUUUCACUUUGGAAGAACUAGAGUACCCCUAUGAGUGGCACUCAAAGGACUUUGCUAGGGGAGAGCACAAGGCUCUUCCUUAUGUCUCGGAACAUCAUCCAUUCGGCAAAGUUCCUGCUUUCCAAGAUGACCACGUAAAGCUAUUUGAGUCUAGGGCCAUCUGUCGCUAUCUAGUGGCCAGGAAACCCGGACAUCUGACGCCGCCCUUCGCUGGGACAUCAUCCGCCAGCCUUGUGCAAGGGGCUCGCUUCGAGCAGGCGGCUAGUGUUGAGCAAUCAUACUUCGAGCCGCCACUUGAGAAGCUCGGAUUCGAGCUGAUCUUCAAAAAGUGA